UGUGACGGUGACAGGAACUUCCCUGUUGAUUGCCGGAAGUAUUUUCCCCAUCAGUCCGAAAUCCGCUGCAAGGUAUUUUAAAGCGAUUAGAAAGAUGAAGAUUAAUAAAACGGCGGGGUUUCAGGAGGUGUUGAAAUGAUUUAUUAGGUACAUCGAGUAAGUCUAGUUCGACAGGAUUAUAUGAUUGUCGAGACCCAAGAUGCCAGCAGGUCUUUUACUGGUCUAACUUUAUGGAGCUGAAUGUUCCCAUUUCAUGUAUCCUGGACAGAUGUCGAAUUACAAAUGCAGAACAUUGUUGUGCAGUGAAAUCUAAGUCUUAAGUCUGAAGCUACAGAGUGUACAGGAUGCGAAGGUAUAUUCAGGUACCAAGAACUGAACCUGAACAAGUCUACAGGUUUAACACUGGGUGGGAACCAAGACCCUUGCUGUCAUGUGGAGUAUGUGGCUGCUGUGGCGCAUUGCGCCCAAGAUACAAACGCCUGGUUGAUAACAUUUUCCCUGAAGAUCCAAAAGAUGGUCUUGUGAAGGCUGACAUGGAGAAGUUGACGUUUUAUGCAGUUUCAGCACCAGACAAAUUGGAUCGAAUCGGAAAGUACCUUGCAGAAAGGCUCAGUCGGGAUGUUAUCAGGCAUAGAUACGGGUAUGUUUUCAUUGCGAUGGAGGCAUUGGACCAGUUGUUGAUGGCUUGUCAUUCCCAAAGCAUUAAUCUGUUUGUUGAAAGCUUUCUUCAAAUGGUAGCCAAGCUACUGGAGUCAGGAGAGCCUGAGCUACAAAUUCUUGGCUCCAAUUCGUUUGUCAAGUUUGCAAACAUCGAGGAAGACACUGCUUCAUACCAUCGACGCUAUGAUUUCUUCGUGUCUCGAUUCAGUGCAAUGUGCCAUUCCUAUCAUGAUGAUUUGGAUACCAGGACUAAGAUCAGGAUUGCAGGCAUAAAAGGUAUUCAAGGUGUCGUACGGAAAACGGUGAAUGAUGAGCUCCAAACUAUAAUCUGGGAACCUCAGCACAUGGAUAAGAUUGUUCCUUCACUACUUUUCAACAUGCAAACAACAGAGGAACUUGACAGCAGGAGCAACCAUCCAUCAAUAUCACGAACUGCUGAUAAAGAUGAGAACCCUGCUACUCUAGCAGAGAGUUGCUUCCGGGAAUUGCUGGGUCGAGCAGCUUAUGGUAACAUGAACAAUGCCAUCAGACCUGUACUAGUGCAUUUAGACAACCAUCACCUCUGGGACCCAAAUGCAUUUGCUGUUUCCUGCUUUAAAAUUACAAUGUAUUCCAUACAGGCUCAGCAUUCUCAUCAUGUGAUUCAGCAAAUUCUUCGACACCUGGACGCUCACAACAAGGAUUCUGCAAGGGUCCGAGCUGGCAUUGUACAAGUCCUUUUAGAGACUGUUACUAUCGCAGCAAAAGGUUCUGUUGGUCCAACUGUUUUAGAGGUGUUUAACACAUUGCUGAAACAUUUGCGCCUCAGUGUUGAUUUUGAGUUGUCAAAUCAGGAUGCAUCUACUGGUGCUUUAUCAACAAGCAAUGAUGAGAAGGUAGUUCAGGAUGCAAUUAUCCAAACGAUUGGCUCUUUUGGGAGCAAUCUUCCAGAUUAUCAAAGAUCUGAAAUAAUUAUGUUUAUUAUGGGAAAGGUGCCCACCUUUGAUGCUGGAGCCCUGGAGUCGAGCUACUCUGGGGACCGUGGAACAAGAGCAAUCCAGGUCAAGCUACUACGAUCAUUACUUAUGGUAACUUCAGGAUACAAGGCCAAAAGUAUAGCAGCUGCACUUCCUUCUCCAUUUUUAGAGCCAAUAUUAUCAGUUUCUUUAAUGGAAGACAGUGAGCUGAGAUUACUUGUCCUGUGUAUUCUACAUAGUCUUAUUGAUCGUCAUGAGAACAAAGCGAAGUUCAAAGAAAUGAGAAUCAUCCCAGAUGUUUCAGCACUGAAGAUAAAAAGAGACAAGAACUCAAAGCAAGACAUAAGUUUCAUGAAAAAACAAGGACAGCAGUUAUACAGACACAUUUAUGUGGGAUGCAAAGAAGAUGAUAAUGAACAGAAAAACUUUGAAUCCCUAUUCAUUGCUCUCGUACUUAUUACAAUAGAACUGGCCAAUGAUGAAGUGAUUGUGGACUUGAUUCGUCUUGCUCUAGCUAUUCAGGAUUUGGCAGUGACUAAUGAAGAUAAUUUGCCCACGUACAACCGUUGUGCCAUUCUAGCUCUUGUGGCUGCAUACUUGAACUUCCUAAGUCAGAUGAUUGCAGUACCAGCUUUUUGUCAGCAUGUAAAUAAGGUGAUUGAAAUACGAAGCAAAGAAGCACCUUAUCUUCUGCCUGAAAACCUCUCCAGAGAAAAAUUGCCCAAGUCCUUAGAGAUGCAAGACAAAAGCUGUCUUUUCUUGCAAAACAGGAUUGCAGAUGCACUUGCUGGCAGUGGCUACAGUGUGGACAGACUGUCUGUACCUUAUGUACCCCAACAAACAGAUGAAGAUAGACUGUCCAGAAGAAAAAGCAUUGUUGACACAGUGUCAAUCCAAGUUGACCUCCUUGGUGUCAAUGUUCCACAGGACAAGGCAAAGAUAGUUGAAGAAAUCACCUUUGAAACAUUAAAGAAAGCUAUUGAUAGUCAAAAUCUUGAAGAACAAGAAAGAGAGAAGCGACGUCAAAUAAUUGAGAAGUUUCAGAAAGCACCAUUUGAGGAGAUUGCAGCCCAGUGUGAAUCCAAGUCAAACUUUCUUCAUGACAGGCUUGCAGAGAUAUUUGAAUUGACAAUAAGCAGACCGCCUCCAAGUCCGUCGGGAUCUAUGAGUGUGACAGCCGGACAUGUUCAGUAUCAUUCCAUCCCAGUCUACGAAAUGAAGUUUCCAGACCUUUGUGUUUAUUAGUUGCUGCUUCUGUUUGAGAUGCCUCCAUUGAUUUAUAUCUUGUGAAAUAUUUUCACUGAAUCUCUCAAUAAAUUAGGUGAACAAUCAGUUAUUUAUUAGGGCUUGCUGGCCUGGUGAUCAUUGUGAUGCACUCUAUUAUGUGUAAAUGUACAAGUAUCAGGUAGUGUAAGUGUGUAUUUAAAAACUUGCUAUUUUCUUGAGCAAAAUACUUUGUUUUACCCUGCAAGAGGUCCACAUUCACAACUGUGAAAGUGCCACCAGCACAUUUAUGCAUGACUUUUAUAUUAAAAUAUGGACUUCAUCAAAAAAUUGAGAUAACUAUGUUAUUCAUCAUUUACCAUAUUUGUUAACAACUUUUAAAUGAAGUUCUGUCAUUUUUGUUCAGUAGCAUUCCAAACUUGUAAAGAUGUAACAAAACAUUUACUUGUUAACAAUUUUCAGUUCUAAUGUAUUCUCCAAACCAUCCAUAUUGAGUGUUUUGGAUUAAUUUUAUUCACAUUUGGUACCUAGAAUUCCAUUUACAGUGGCAUGCAAAAGUUUGGGCACCCCAGUCAGAAUUUCUGUUACUGUGAAUAGCUAAGCGAGUAAAAGAUGAACUGAUUUCCAAAAGGCAUAAAAUUAAAGACGACACAUUUCUUUAAUAUUUUAAGCAAGAAAUAUUUUUUAUUUCCAUCUUUUACAGUUUCAAAAUAACAAAAAUGGAAAAGGGUCUGAAGCAAAAGCUUGUAAACACUAUCUGUAACCAGCUAAGAGUCUUUCAAUUCUUGUUUGGGGGAUUUUCACCCAUUCUUCCUUGCAAAAGGCUUCUAGUUCUGUGAGAUUCUUGGGCCGUCUUGCAUGCAAUGCUCUUCUGAGGCCUAUCCACAGAUUCUCUAUGUUUAGGUCGGGGGACUGUGAGGGCCAUGGCAAAACCUCCAGCUUGCGCCGCUUGAGGUAGUCCAUUGUGGAUUUUGAGGUGUGUUUAGGAUCAUCAUCCUGUUGUAGACGCCAUCCUCUUUUCAUCUUCGGCUUUUUUACAGACAGUGUGAUGUUUGCUUCCAGAAUUUGCUGGUAUUUAAUUGAAUUCGUUCUUCCCUCUACCAGUAAAUGUUCCCCGUGCCACUGGCUGUAACACAAUCCCAAAGCAUGAUCGAUCCACCCUCAUGCUUAACAGUUGGAGAGGGGUUCUUUUCGUGAAAUUCUGCACCAUUUUUUCUCCAAACAUACCUUUGCUCAUUGCGGCCAAAGAGUUCUAUUUUGACUUCAUCAGUCCACAGGACUUGUUUCCAAAAUGCAUCUGGCUUGUAUAGAUGUUCCUUUGAACCUUUUGAAUAGAACUUUUUUGUUAUUUUGGAACUGUAAAAGAUGGAAAUAAAAGUUUUCUUGCUUAAAAUAUUAAAGGAAUGUGUCAUCUUUAACUUUAUGCCUUUUGGAAAUCAGUUCAUCUUUUACUCACUUAGCUAUUCACAGUUACAGAAAUUUUGACCAGGGUUGUCCAAACUUUUGCAUGCCACUGUAUGUAAACUGGAGGAUCCAAACUGCUUAAUGCUCUCCACUACAUUGCUUUUUUUGCCUCUGCAUCCCUCCCCAGUCUUAGUCUCCACAGUGAGUAAAAGCUGUUUUUUGUUUAGGAAGUAAAACAACUUGAGUACAAAUUUGUUAAUGCAUAAUCUCUUAUUUAGAAUCUGGACUUGGCCAGUGUUUUUAAUAUCAUUUUGAAACUCAACAUUUUUUAGUUUGUUUCAGUGCUUUUAAGUAAUUCUGGAGGGUGCGACAUGAAAUGUUUAAACUGGUCCAGUGCAUAGAUAAAUCUGAGAUGGUGAGGUUAAAAGUCUAUAUGUAAUACAUAGUUUUUUGUAUUAGCUUAUACAUUUAAGAUGUGUAAAUGAAGAUUUACAAGGAAUACUAGAUGAAUCAAUUGCUAGUUUUUUUUGGAGGUUUUGUGAAAGCUCAGCGAUCAGCCACAUUUGAAGUAUCAAUUUUGGGAGUGGCAGGGUUAUGUUAUUUUAUAAUAGUGUUGAAAUUCAUUCCUUUGCUAUUCCAAUCAAGUUAUUACAAUUAAACAAUGCUUUUUGUCUUCUUUAAUUUUGGUUACAUUUGUUUUCAGUUUGAAACUCCAUAUACUUUUAGAAAUAAUAGGCAAGUUGCUGCCUGUUUUGGUCUUCUACAUUUAGAAUUCUGAUAACUGUACAAUGUGAGAAAAGGCUGCAUUGGACAACUCUCUCGAUUGGCAAUUUUUUUUUUAUUAAUCAAAUAAAUGGCAAACCUAAAACGUUUCAAUGCUGAAACUAGACUUGAUUGAUACUGUGAGCAAAAGUAAUUUUGUAUUGGUUGAAGUCAUAUACUUGCAUUAAAUGAACGUUGUGACUUUUCUUAGCAUUUUUGAAAAUACCAUUUGUUCUUGAGCAAGUUGUUUUUAAUAGUAUCAGUGGAUUGUUCGUGAAUUUAUGACAUAUGACCAGAGGUGAUUUUGUUCAUAAAGGCUUAUGGACAACAUUUCUUCAAUUUUAGACUGCUUUCAUGCAUGUGCUGAAAACAAGAUCAUGUGGGAUGAUGUAUUGUGCAAUCCUAGUCAUGUGUUAUGUCUUCAGAUAAUGCUUUACACUUUGAAUGUAUUUGUUCAUUUUUAAAGCAUAGACAUCUAUGAAUUCAAAUUUUAUCAACCUUCAGAAAUAUUAUAAACUUAAUGGGAUGUGAAAUGUUGCACAAUUAAAAGGACAAAACAAAUA